AUGUUAUUGCAUUUUAUCAUAUGUGUCAUCAUAUGUAUUACAAUUAGUCAACAACAACAAAAACAACAACGUCGAUCAAUUGUAGCAAUUGUACUCUUUAUUGACUACAAUGAUCCAUUACUAAAUUACCAUAUACAAUCAUUAAUUCAUCAAUAUGAAGAAGAAUGGGAGAUAUCUUCAAUAUAUUUACAAACUAAUACAAAAUUACAAAUUGAAACAAUUAUGUAUCAAUCACGAAAUCAAUUAAAACUCUUUGAAAAAUUAUGUCAGUUUUUAAAUACUACAAGUUAUUUAUUUGCUAUAACACAUUUUCGUUAUCAAACACCAAUAUUUAUUCAUACAAUUCUUUCACAAAUGCAUAUUCCACAUAUAGCUAUAUCAAUGAUAGCAAAUAAUACAAUAAAUAGUUAUACAUUACAAAUGCAAACAAGUUCCGAACAUUUUAGUAUGGCUAUACGUGAUAUAAUUGAUCAUUUUGAUUGGGGUUAUAAUCAAAAUGAAUUAGUUUUUAUUUAUGAAAAACAAUCAAGUCUUGACCUUUUAUCUGAUGUUUUACGUGUAAAAAAUAAUCGUCAACCAACAAUUAUCUUAAAAGCAUUAGCAAUUGAUACAAAAGAAUCAUUAAAAUCUCGUUCAAUAUUAAAAGAAUUAAGAAAUAAAGCGGAUCCAACAAAAAAAAUUAUUGUUGCUAUUACACAAAAAUCACUUGAUCAAUUUUUAAUUGAUGCACAAAAAUUAGGUAUUGUAAGUACUUAUUAUCAUUUAUUAAUUGUUGGAGUUGAUGCAACACAAUUAAAUUGGACAAAUUUAUAUGAAAGUGGAGUUCAAUUAACUAGUUUACAAUUAAUGUCAAAUAAGCCAAUACAAAACUAUCGAAUUGAAUUAGCGUUAAUGAAAGAUGCAUUUGAUACUGUCAAAUAUAUUUUAAGAAAAUUGUUAUUUGAGGAUGAUUUUCCAAAAGAACUAAUUAUUCAACAACAAGAAUGUUCUUGGAAUAAGAUGAUUACAUCAAAUAGUUAUGCUUCAUUGAAACAAUUUGUUGGAGAAAGAUUAUUAAAUAUAAGUAGAACGAUCAAAUUUUUGGGUUCAUCUGGGAUAGUUGAUUUUGAUCAGGGAGGUUUACGUCGAUCAUUACAACUUAAAAUACUUGAUCUAAGUGAACAAGGUAUGGUUGAAAUAGGUACAUGGACAAAUGCAAAUCGUUUAACUAUAACUCCACUUGGUGUACAACAGAUGACACAAAUUCGUAAACAUUUAUUAGUUGUUACACGAGAAGAAAAACCUUAUGUUGUACGAAAACUGGAUAGUAAUGGUUCAAUUUCUUUCGAAGGAUAUUGUAUUGAUAUGCUUGAUGAAAUAGCUCGAAGACUUAAUUUUAAUUAUUCAAUUCGUAUUGCAGCUGAUGCUGCAUAUGGAAAAGAAGAUGAAAAUGGACAAUGGUCCGGAAUUAUUGGUGAACUUACUCGUCGAUCAGCAGAUUUAGGUAUAGGAGCUUUAACAAUAACAUAUCCUCGAGAACAAGUUAUUGAUUUCACAAAACCAUUUAUGACUUUUGGUAUAACAAUUUUAUUUCGAAAACCAUUGAGAACUCGACCAAAGUUAUUUGCUUUUUUGGAACCAUUAACAGUUGAAGUAUGGCUUUUUAUGGCAAUUGCGUAUAUUGGUGUUAGUUUAUUUCUUUUUUCAAUGGCACGUUUUUCACCAUAUGAAUGGCAAAGUCCUUAUUCAUGUAAACGUAAUAGUGAAUAUCUUAUCAAUCGAUUUACGAUUGUCAAUUGUUUUUGGUUUACGAUUGGUUCAUUAAUGAAACAAACUAUUGAUUAUGGUCCACGUUCUUUAUCAACACGUGUACUUAUUGGUUCUUGGUGGUUUUUCUCGUUGAUUAUGAUUGCUUCUUAUACAGCUAAUCUUGCUGCUUUUCUUACAACGAAACGUCUUAAAUCACCAAUUGAUGAUAUCGAGGCAUUAGCUAAACAAACUGAUAUUAAAUAUGGUGCAUUGAAAGGCGGAAGUACUGAGCAAUUCUUUCGAAGUUCAAAAAUUCCAAUUUAUGAACGAAUGUGGUACUAUAUGUCAUCUCGACCUGAAGUAUUUCCUGAAACAACUGAAGAAGGUAUUGAAUGGGUUAAAAAUCGUAAUUAUGCCUUUUUACUUGAAUCAGCAACAAAUGAAUAUAAUGUUCAACGUCAUUGUGAACUUAUGCAAGUUGGCGGUUUAAUUGAAUCAAAAAGUUAUGGAAUUGGUACAACACAUGGUUCACCAUAUCGUGAUCGUAUAUCGAAUGAAAUUUUACAAUUACAAGAAAAUGGUUUUCUAAAUAAUUUAUAUAUAAAAUGGUGGAAAGAACGUAAUAUACCUGAACAAUGUGAUGAUUCUGAUAUUGAUCAGCGAAAGAAAUCUUUUACCAAUGAACUAGAUUUAAAAAAUAUUGGUGGUAUUUUUGUUAUGUUACUUAUUGGCCUUUCAUUUUCAUUUAUUGUCACAUCUCUAGAAUUUUAUUUCAAAGCAAAACGACGUCGAUUAUUAGAUGGAAAAUCAACAACAAUUACAGAACGUAUUAAACAUGAUCUUCAUUUUGCAUUAUGUACAAAUUGUACAUCAAGUCGUCCAACAUAUAUGCAGGAUAAAGAAAAAGAAGAAAUUACAGAAAAACUUUGUGAAAAUAUUCAUCAUUCAAAACCCAAUAGUAUACAAAAUCUUCCACGAGAAACAAUCUCAUCAAUAGAUCAUGAUCAAUUAACACUUGUACCUAUUAACCAUUUACCACGUCAUCGUGUUUCUUAG